GACAAACGCCUUUUUAAACAUUGACAUGUCAUUGGUUGAAUCAUUGCAUGCAUGACAAAUCAAAGUGUCUUGGAAGGCCUACCUGAUAAGAGAAGUCCUCAGCGACGAACAGUCUACCAGCAGUAUCAACCAAGUAGUAGAUAAAAACUUGUCUGUUUAUCAACAUCAAUCACUAUUGAUUAAUUUCGAAGACAAACCGGGGUGAAUAAAUACAAGAAUUAUGAUUCGUGGAAUAAUUAUAUACCUAGUAUUAGGAGCUAUAAUUCCCCAUACCGAAACAGUCCUAACAGUAGUUGAUAUAGCACUCCAAGCGUACGAUGUUAUUUCUUUUGGAGUUGAUUUCAUUGAAAAGUAUGUUUUGGGAGAUCCAUAUAGUGAUUCUCUUCAACAACUGCAGCGCAGCAUUGAUCUUAUCCACACAAAAUUAGAUUACCUCACUGAUGUUGUCGAUCGUCUUCUACAACUAGUUAAAGAACUGCCUUAUACUCUUCGUAUCACCGAGCAUGUCGAGAAAAUCAAAAGCUGUACAACAGACAUGAACAAUUUCUUUUCAAGGCCAACAAACGCUGCUGCUCUCGAAAAUUUACAAAAAUGUUAUGAUAUCAUGGUGAAUGUGCGUGCUAUUGGUAACUAUCUUUCAGGCGGCGCCAUUGCAGGAUCACCACCUCUCUUUGAUAUGUACCGUCAAAAAGAAGGCACAUAUCAUGGCGAAACUAUAAAAAAUAUGUUCACCUAUUUGUACACCUAUUUUAUAAACGGCUGUGCUGUUGUGGUGACUGCAGAGGGUUCCAAAUAUCACGGUUCGUCAAAAUUUUAUCAACAAGAGUGUAAAGCUAAAGUUGGUGCCAUACAAAAUUAUAUGAAAACAUUCUUUUCUAAAUGUAUACGUGAAAUGUGUCCUCACUUCAUUUCAACAGCAACGGCUAAACUUUCAGAAAUAUCUGAUUCAACAAGUGCCCACUUAGCUAUGACCGAUGCCUUUCCUUGGUUUCAGUUUCUUGUACUCCAGACAAGCACAACCAAUCCAAAUAUAACUGAAGAUGGGACAUUUAAGAUGAAGUCGAAAAAUUUUGCAGGCACACAAACAUUUCAUCUUUUCUGGACCGAUUCGUUUGUCAGGUUUAAAAGACAGGGAACUGGAGCGACGUUAGACAUAGCAGUGGAUACAAACCAUUUGGUCAACUCCUAUUACGGGAACCUGGAUAUGACAACAAACCAGCAAGGUUCAAUGACGCAUUUCAUAUCUUUUACAACCGAUACAAGUAUUGAUCAUUGCAAUUACGUUACUGGUGUUAAUUCCGCUCACAGGUUUAAAUCAGAAAAUUCGACAUGUCUUCUUGGAAUAUUUUUUACGCUCUUUAUUAUUUCAAUAACGUAUAAUGGAUGAAAAAUGCAAAUAAAUAAGUAUGUGUG